AAUUUGAGGUUAUGUGUUUACAUUCUUGGGAAUUCCUGAGGACUCCCUCCUCCCCGAAACGGGUUAAAUAAAUAUUUAAAUAAUCAACAAACAAAUCCCAUUGUAUCUUAUUUCUGAAACAAAUCUAAUGAACACAUAAUUACAAUAUACUCUACUAUAUAACGCAUUUCAUUCACUGGUAAUAAUGAAAAGGACUUUCAUAUUCUCUUGCAUAAAAAUAUUAGUGGGAGUCGCCCUGUUGAUGACUUAUUGUGAAGUUCUUGUGUAUUAUGUUACUCAAAUGAACUGUGCGUGGCCCACUUUGAACCCUUUAAAUGAAGAUAAAACCAUUGCCAAACCCAUUGAGGAACCACUCCGCAUAAUGGUAAUUACUGAUACUCACUUGUUGGGCUCAAUUGAUGGCUAUUGGGUAGAUAAAGUAAGAAGAGAAUGGCAAAUGUACAUGGCAUUUCAAACCGCUAUAAAACUACAUAAACCAGAAGUGGUAUUUGUUUUGGGGGAUCUCCUGGAUGAAGGUCAGUAUUGUAGUGAAGAAGAGUUUGAUUACAAUACAAAGAGAUUUUAUGAUUUGUUUAAAUUACCUGAGGAUAUUGAUAUGUAUAUUAUAGUGGGAAAUCAUGACAUUGGGUUUCAUUAUAGGGUGACUACACACUUAAAUGAAAGGUUUAAUAAGGCUUUUAAUGCUACUGCAGUACAACUGAUAAAUAUCAGAGGCAACAAUUUUGUACUGGUGAACAGUAUUGCACUAGAAGGUGAUGACUGUUUCUUAUGUAAACCUGCCGAAGCAGAACUAGUGAGAGUUGAAAAAGAAUUAAAAUGCUUACAAAACAUUACCUGUCAAAAGUCAAAUUACAGUAGACCAAUUCUUAUGCAACAUUACCCAUUGUAUCGUAAAUCAGAUGAGGAAUGUACAGACUUUGAUGCAGCCCCAUAUCCUGAAAUCAUGGAGCCUUUUAAAGAAAAACGUGAGUGCCUUAGUAAAGAAGCUACAACCCAGUUAAUGGAACAAAUAAAUCCCCGUUUGGCUCUUAGUGGUCAUACCCAUCAUGGAUGUACGAGGAAACUCCCCCAUCCAGUUAAAGAUGGUGUAGAAAUUACAAUACCAAGUUUCAACUUGAGAAACAAAAAUAACCCAAAUUACUUAUUGGGUGUCUUUGCAGCAAAUAAUUAUGAGCUGACCAAGUGUGAAAUGCCUAAAGAAAGUACCAUUAUUGCUAUUUACAUAUUUGGGAUUGUCUUAUGGGUAGUUUUCAUUAAUUGGUUAAAAAACAGAAGGAAAAUUUCAUAUAAUAAACUUUUAAAUAAAAAAUUGCCUUUUUGGUAUAUAAAGAGAGGAAUCCAACAAAGAAAGCAAUAUUUGAAAACGUUUUCACCUCAUUUUCUAGAGAAAUUUUAA